CCAGCGUGGCCCGGUUUAUCUUCCUGUUUGCAGUAAAUCCCCUGGGGAUCAUGGGGGGGUCAAAUCCACCCAUAUGUAAGAUAUUUAAAUAAAGACUGGGACAAAAAAAAAUACAGGCGUACAAUCAACGGCACAACGGAGAGAUAGAGUGAGAGAGACAGGGAGAGAACCGUAAUCAUUUGCAAUCAACAGCGCGUUUGGGAAGGUCUCCUUUCUGGAAUACCAAUCAAUGUAUUUCACACACACACACACUUCUCCACGCUAAGUGACUGAAUGCCUGGCCCGGCAAGCAUUAGAAACCUCAACUUUUUAUCCACCUCUCGGCUCUGCUUGACACAUUCCACCUUCAGCAGUGUGUGUGAGUGAGAGAAAGAAAGAGACAGAGGAGGGAAGUGAAUCCCAAACGUUUGCGGGCGUUCGCUGUGUGAGUUUUUUUUUAAAUUCUCCCCAACGUGUACAUCUGAAAGACUGAGAUAGUUUUAUUUCUCUGGCCGAACACUCUGGCUCGAGAGCGGAUCUCUGUUUUCCUCCCAGACUCUCUCUUGUGUGUAUCUUAUCUGAGGCGAUUUCUUUCAUGCAACCAUGUCAGUAUUGGAUGUGCUAAUUUGGAAUUGAUCGUUUCCUGGAUAGCGGCGAGGGAGCUACCUGUAUUGUUUAUCUUUAAACAAAAAACAGAAACCUCUGCCUGAUUUGUCACUCAAGAGAAAAAAAAACCCUUGUUGCAGAUAUUUUGCCUCAGUGUCUAGUGCGCUUUGAACCUUGCAUCGGGCUACCUUGUCAGAGGCUGCUUGAGAUUUUUUUUUUCAAUAUUUUAUCGCUGUCUCCUGGGGUCGGAUACGCUCAGAUCCAGGAGUUCUGGAUGUCAUGCAGUCUCUGAUCUCUCCGGUGACAAAGGCUAUUCUAGUUGCGCUGUUUAUUUUCGCCAUCCUGCUAAUUCUUUACGUGAUCCUCUGGUACAUCUGUCGUGAUGUGGAUUGUGAUCACGGUAUCUGAUUCGGAAGGCGAAGCACGCUGAGGACGAACUGACAUUGAACAGCGAGGGAAGAAACUGACGGAACGACGUUGACGCCAAGUUAUGGCUCCACAAGCAAUGAUUGCUUUCCAAAGGCUCUUCUUCAUGUGUAAUAGUCAUAAUGAUACAGAAGAAAGUAAUCUGGCCCAUUGGUCCAUGGCGUCUCUUUAUUGGGACAAUCCUGUCAGUCUCAAUCCCCUGUUUAAUGGAUAUCUGUUAACAAUAAAUGGAUGAAGGCCCAGUGUGUAGAAUUACGACUGAGGAACCAUGGAGCACAAGACCCCAGAAGGUUCCAACUCUGACCUGAAACUGGUCUGCCACCCAAGAGCAAAAAGUAAAGUUUGGAAGUAUUUUGGAUUUGAUACCGAUGCUGAAGGAUGCAUACUGCAAUGGAAGAAGAUCUAUUGUAGAGUUUGUAGGGCCCAAAUUGCAUAUUCAGGAAACACCUCCAAUCUUGCCUACCACCUUGAAAAGAAUCAUCCCAGUGAAUUCCACCAAGUUGUAAAGAGCAAUGCUGAGCAAGUUAGGGAGCCAUUCACCUCCAACCUUUUGAAAUCUGAAUCUGAAAGCGCAUACCUGAGUCAUCAAGAUCCAAUCUUCAAGACCUGCUACAGCCAAGAUAGUAAACGGCACCAAGAAAUGACCUCGAUGGUUACCAACUUUAUCUGCGAAGGUCUGUAUCCUGUCUCUGUGGUAGAGGAACAAACGUUCAAGAAACUGCUUAAAAUGGCGGAUCCAAGGUACGAGCUCCCUAACAGGAAGCAUUUCUCGACCAAAGCUAUCCCAGAGCGGUAUCACACUGUCCGGACUGCUGUGGAGAAGGAGUUGGCUGCGGCACUGUGGUGUGGGGUGACUGCUGACCUAUGGACUGUGCAGGCUCGAAACCGAUACUACAUGUCUUUGACUGCUCACUUUGUAGGUGGUAUGGGCAGUGGUGCCAACAUUUUAAAGUUCACUUCCAAGUGUCUAGCCACGUUCGAAGUGGUGGAUGAGUAUACCACGGAGAACUUGGCCCAUGCGCUUGUUGAGACCUUUAGAGAAUGGGGCAUCAGCAAAAAUGUGUUGGGUGCUACUACCAGUAGCGACAGUGAAAAUGUAGUGAAUGCUUGCUCACUUCUGAAUCUCCCUGUGCACAUGCCAUGUUUCGGUCGCGCAAUCAACCUGGGGAUAAACCGAGCGAUCCAACUCCCUAAACUCUGCAUCCUCCUUCUGAAAUGCACUAAACUGGUCGAGUAUUUUAAAAUGACACCAAGGGCAGUGUGCAUGCUGCGUGAGAAGCAGAAGCAGCAGUAUUUGUUACAGCAUCAAUUGGUUAAUGAUUGUAGUAGUUGGGGGACCACCCUCUCUAUGUUACAGCGGCUGAGGGAGCAGCAAAUCGCGAUUGCUGCAGUGCUGUUUGAGGACAGCAUGAGUUACCAAUUGAUGCCAGAAGCCAGUGAAUGGAGCACCAUAGAUGGGUUGGUGAAAUUACUGCAGCCAUUUCAACAGGCCACUGAGAUGAUGGGCAAGUCCAAAUACCCACUCAUUAGCAUGGUCAAACCUCUGCUGCAUGUCCUCUUGAAUUCGACGUUGAAAGUCGAUGAUUCAGACUCUCAUGUGCUCAGUGCUGUGAAGGAGACCAUCGCCAAAGAGUUGUCUGAAGCAUAUGCGUUGUCCCCAGAGCUGGAGCUGUUUCUCCACUGUGCGACAUUUCUUGAUCCAAGGUACAAGAAAGUUCCAUUCCUUUCAGCCUCACAACAGAAGCAGGUCGAGAACAAGAUCUUGGAGGAAGCCACUGCCCUCUUGGAGAAGGGCAUUGAGAGUUUUGCGAAAGCAGAGGGAGGCUUUGCCCUUGAAGAGCCUCCCCUGAAAAAACGGACAGUAUUGGUGGAGCCCUACAGCACUGGCAGCAUCAACUUCAUGCUGGCAGAGAUAUUCGGGCAGGCGGGCAGCAGAGAUGAGGGCCAAGAUGGAUGGCGUGCCCAGGUUGUGGAAGAGCUGAACAACUUCAAAUCACAGAAGGUGCUGGAACUGAAUGAAGAUCCGCUCAUCUGGUGGUCUGAUCGUGUAGCCUUAUUUCCCACUUUGAGCAAACUGCUGCAGAAGUACUGGUGCAUUCCAGCUACCAGCCUCCCUUCUGAGCGCCUGUUCAGCGCCGCAGGGAAUCUGGUGAAUGCCAAGCGAAACCAGCUGGCCCCGGCGGAGGUCGAUCGACUCCUGUUCCUGUACGAGAACACAAGGGUCGAUCGGGAGGUAGCUGUGGAUGAUGAUAAUGAAUGAGAACUUGCCUAACAGGAAGAUAUUGAGGGACAAAGACCAGGAUCAGUGGUGAAAGGAAAAAAAACCUGAGGGGUAAUCCAAGUCAUGAUUUGCCAUCAAUUUGAAAUAAAAGAAUUUUGAAUUCUUUUUGUUGAUCUGACUGUCUGAAUCAGACAGCUUAUACUUUGUUCUUGCAGCAGAUUCGAAAACUUCAAUUGUAUUUAUAAUAUGAGAUAAUACGUACACACAAAAAUACAAUAAUACAUGAUCAGCUGUACAGAUUCAAAAGAAGUUCUGCUUAAAUAACCUAGAUUGCUAGGAUUGAUGUCAUCUUUCUUCCUGGACCAGAAUGUGACAGAGAAUUAAUAUUGGUUCUGUACUAAAAUGCAGCUGCAAUAAGUUUUACAUUUUUAGUUAUUACAGUAAAGAUAGACUGAGUAAUAUUCUAUGAUUCCCUUAACUGUGCUUCAAUACCAGUUUUUAUGACAUAACUAUUGUUAAAUAUAACUUUAAGCUGUGCAGGCUGCAAAUAAUGCUCAAUAUUUCAAGUGUUACAUACUGGGAUUUAACUGGGGAGGCAAUGGAAAGAAUUGUUGAUUUGUUUUAAGCUUCAAGGAAGCAACCCAUGAAGGACUGUAUAAAAUAAACUUUAAAUAUACUUUA